CCCAAAGAUUUCUAAGUGGUGACAAAACUGAUGUCAUAAUUCAACUUCUUGAGAGUUCUAAUAUGCUAUCUUAUAGUAAAUUUUGUUUGGUUCUUUAACUAGCUGGGAAAAAAUAUCACUUCAUGUUUUCUUUUUCUUCUGUUACUUAGCUAUACUGUUCUUAUUCACACUAAGGAUUGCAGAUAAAAUUUUGGUGAGAAGCAGAGUGGGGACCAAUGUCUCUGAAUUUUUCUCGUGAUCUGAUAUGCAGCUAAAGCAUCGCACAGCUGUGCACUCAGUAUAAUAACCAAUAAAACCAAAAAUGAAGAAAGCUUCCAAAAUAGCUCAUUUUUUAAAGCACUCAUCAUCUCAAUCCUGUGAAUUUGCUUUUAUCAGUUCCUUCUAAAGUCUUCUAAGUGAUAAAGCUAAAACUACCUAAACAAUGCACAUAUAAAUUCACCUCUUCUUCACUUCAUCCCACCAAAACAUGGAUUUCAGACUCUUCAUUCUUGCUCUUCUUCUACUACUACAGGCUUUUGCAGAAGCUUCCUCCAACAGCACCGGAGUGGCCAGUUUUCUUCAAAAUACAUAUGGAGGAAGUAAGAAUGUGGAUCUCAAGAACAAACAUUUCCAUCUCCACAAAAUCAAUUGCAAGUAUGAAUGUUCUCGAAGAUGCAGCAAAGCAUUGAAAAGAAAGAGAUGCAAAAGAGCAUGUAAGUCAUGUUGUGAGAGAUGUGGGUGUGUGCCACCUGGGACCUAUGGCCAUAAAAAUCUUUGUCCUUGUUAUGCACGCCUCAAGACUCACGGGAAUAAGCCUAAGUGCCCUUAAAAUUAUUUCGAAUUCAUUUCAAUGUUUAUGAUCGAUUCAGUGUAUUUCGAAUAAAAUGUCGCAGUAGUUUACUGUUCUGUAAUUUCGUUCUGUCUUUUGUGACAGAUUUCUUUUGUUUCUUUUCUGUUUUUCGUUAUAUAUAUAAACAAGAAAAUUGGUUAUUCCGUCAACUUUUACCUUGCAUUA